CCGCAUAAUCACGAUAAUGGUGACGUCAUAUAUACGUGGUCACUGAUAACUGUGACGUCAUACAUAUGCGACAUUGAUUCUCUGGGAGAGGGACUGGAGCGCUUGGGAGAAAGCUUGCCUUUUGUUUCUCGUUUUAUUUUGGAAAGUGAAAAGACAUGUCCUGUUUUGGUAGUGAUCCCAACUUUUGUACAGAGUGUGGGAAUGUUCUUCCCCUACCAGGGGUGGAAGACACUGUUCGCUGUCCCCGCUGCUCCUUUGCCAUCCCUGUAUCAGAGUUUUCAGGGCGAGAAAUUCGAUCAACAGUCGUCUUUAAUCUGGUGAACAGGUCUACUGUGGUUCUGGAGGCCAGUGGUGACUCUGACAUGAAGGGUCCUGUGAUCGACAGACGCUGCUCUCGUUGUAAUAAAGAAGGCAUGAUUUAUCACACCAGGCAGAUGAGAUCUGCAGAUGAAGGCCAAACUGUCUUUUUCAUUUGCAUACAUUGCAGGUAUCAAGAGAAAGAGGAUUCCUGAGAAGAUUUCCAUGUGGCUACUCUGCUUUUUUUUUUUUUAAACCCCAUUAAGUCCUCUUUGUUUUUAAAAAUUUUGCUUUAUCCGGUUAGGUGUCACCACAGUGCAUCCUCCUUUUUCCAUUUAAUCUUAUCUGCAUUCUCGUCUCAAACGCCAACUGCCCUCUUGUUCCUUCAAUACAUCUGUCAACUUUCUCUUUGGCCUUUCUUCCCUCUCUUUCCGGGAAGCUCCAUCAUAAAGAUGUACAAUAUGAGAGUGAA